GCAAGUAAUACUAGAUGUGCUGUGUCGCCCUCUUGUUUAUGAGGAUGCAUAGAAUAGACAAAAGGACAAUGCUGCUUCAUCUGCUGAAACAUUUCAGUUGAUUGUCACUUCCCUUACAGAAUAAAGAUGGGCAGAUAUUCCAAAGACAGGUUUCAGUACCAGGAGGUUUGGAGUCCCUCCCUCAAAAGGCUGUUUCUUGCAUAAACCUGCAGUUUUAGCCAUUGACUUUGCUGCUCUCUGCUUGAAAUUGUGAAUGCUCCGCGUGUUAGUUCUGCCACUCCUGACCUAAGAGACGGUGAUUUUGCUGCAUUAUUAGGCAGAGGAGAUGGGAAACCAUUUUAAUUAUUUUGCUGUAUUUGGUCUAGCAGUGGUUAUUUUUCUAGAAUGAAUCUUGCUAACUAUUGUAUUACAUUUUUAAAAAUAAAGAAAAUUUCAGAGACACAGUAGCGCAGACUUCUGAGAGUGCUAUGCAGACAUCCUGGAGCAAGCAAACCCUGCCAUGCCUGCAGGUGUUUGCCUCAGGUCCCUGCCCUGAGGAAGUCGGAGAAAACCUACAAAUGAGGGCAGAGUCCCUAGCAGCCAGAAUUACCCCAUGGGAACAUUACAGAAAAGAGGUUUUUUGGGCCUGAUGAGCUGUUGCAUAGCAUACAUGUGGUGAAGGUGGGGGAGUAAGCGCCUCUAAUAUUUCCAGGAAUAUGGGCUAAAAAUAGAUUCUAGAAGACCUAGUCUUUUAUUUCCAGUUUCCUUCCAUUCUGAAGGUUAUUUUUAUACCCUCCAUUUUAUUUUUUUCUGUAGAAUGGUUUCUUUAAAACUUUGAAGCUGUGGCAGAACUUCAGAGUAUGCUACCGUUGUUUAGUUCCAAAACUAGUUAAGUAAGCAACAUGAAAGAAGGAGAGUGACAAGGGUGUAACUGUGAAGUAAUUAAACCCAAGUCAUAAAAGGGUCAGCAAUGAUGAGAAUGUCAGAUGUUAUCCGAGGCACCCAGUUAUAUGGAAAAAUAGACUUGUUCACUUAUACGUGCAUAAAUUCAUUCUAUAACAGUGAAACAACACUCCGUCAUUGUACUGCAGUAGCGGGCAUCCUCAUGUGACAUGUAUGUUAAAAUAUCUCAAAAGCAAUUUUCUAUUAAGUUGCAUAUUUUAUAAACAUCACAUUGUGAAAUGUGCCACCUGUGUUAAGAAUUUUCUGAUCCUUCCAAAAAUAAAAAGUGAUAUUUUGGAACAAUCCUUCAGUUUUCUGUAAGAACUCUUUUUCUUACAUUUUCUGAAUUGUACUGAAUCUAUUAGGCUAUUGCCACAUAGCAGUUGGGGAUUAUUGUUCUAAUAAUGUUAAAUAGUAUGAUCUCUAGGAUUUAUCUCUUCCUGUUGUGAAGGGAAGCAUAUAAAAGCUGUUUUUAAAACCCAUCUCAUUUAAGUGACGUGAGUUUACUGCAUUUACACAUGACAGCAAUGCAAUCAGGGCAUGCUUCUCCUGUUCAAGGAAAAUUUGUGUUUUCCUCCAGUUUCACAUCAAAAAUAGUACCACUCAUAAACAGAACAGCAAUGACAACAACAAAACAAGUUUGGUAUUGCUGCAGUCAGUAUGAGACCAAUGCAAAGGUGUCUAAUGCUCCCAAGGCUAGUGGUCUCUUCAGCACUGGCUUCUUCAGCUCCUACUCAUAUUCAGAGUUUAUCAUUAACUGUCAACUUCUACUGACAAAUAACCUUGAUGAUUUCAAAGCACUGGAUACAUUCUCAUGUUUCACAGCAUGUGAACAAUUCUGUUGCCUUAAGGUUAAUCAAAACCCAAUCUUGCUUUUUGCAGCCCUGCUAAGGUUUUUGUUAGUUACUAUGCAUCAAUUUAAAAAAACUUUCAAAUAUUUUGGUAAGCACAUCCAAAGAUAGCAUGAGAAUCAAAAGGCACUGGUGUAUCCAGUAACUGUUCCAAACAAAUAAUUUUGAUAGAUAGGAUCUUUGCCUAAUUUCAGACGAAAUCAAAAUCUCACAAAAUUUAAUUAGCUUUGCUAGAGUUAAACUAUGCAGAAAUUCCCUGAGAAAGCAGGCAGUCUGUUUUAUUUAAACUGUAUAUUUCUGUCUUUCACAGUGAUUAUAGCUUAUUGAAAUUAUUUUACAUUUUCCUUAUAAGUGAACAGUUUACAAAAAAUGUUAUUUAAGCUUGUGCAGAUGGAGGGUACCCACCUCCCACUUUAAAAAAAAUCAAAGUAGUUUGGUUUUUGUUGAAGGGGCUUUUUUAAUUGUGUUUGUUAACUUAUGCCAACAGUGGCUCGGUUCAGCUAACUGAAAGGAAGCCAUAUCUUUUAAGUUGUGUGUGUGUAUGCGUGCAUGUUGUGAUAAAUUCCUUUAACUUGUGUGUGUGAGAAUGCAUGUUGUGAAAAAUCCAUUGCCUAUGACUUCCAAGUUAUUUUCUUAGUCUUUGCUUCAAGACAUUUAUUCACAUGUUCCUCCUUUAGCUGCCUAAUCAAAUUUCAACUCAUAGCAUAUGUGUUUAUUUUCUCUAUUCUCUAUUUUGAUACCUUUUAAAGAAAAAAAAUCCUAAUAGAAAUUCCCUGGAAAUAAUUUACAGGAUUAAUGAAUUUGUAGGUCUUUUAGACAGUUCUACAUUACAGUCACAUUAAUAUUCUCUCCUUUUAUAAGGCUUGAAGUAAAUCCCAUGACACUAGAAGAAUUUAGAUACUGAUUACUUGCGAUUGGUUCCUGGUGAUUUGCUCUUAAUAAUUUCCAGUUGAAUUUAAUGAAAGUAUGAUUCCUGAAAUGCUGCUUCAUUAAAAUUGCAUCUUUUCCCCUUUAAGUGUGGUUUCAGUCAUUUCACCCAUUUUGCGGUGUGUUUUCCUCCCCCUUAAAAAGUAAUGAUUGAGAAAGCAGAAACAAUUAAGGAUUUCAUUUUAGUUCUUCCUAGAAGUCACUCCCAGAGUUUAUCUCAGUGAAAUGAUGCAAGCUGUACUUUGUGAACAUUUACAAUAUUUUUCAAUUUGAUUAGAUUAUUUCAAAACAUAGAAAGUUUUUAAAUCAGAAAUAUUGAAGACUUGUGCUGUGUAAAGGAAAAAUGAAGAAUCCGGUGCACACACACGAGAAGUGAGGUCUUCAAUGUUUUUCCUAAAAUCUACACACAUGUGGAAGUUGAUUAAGUUACCCUCUGCAGCAUUCAGACUUAAUUUAAUGGUGUUGGUGAUUUGCAAAUGAAUAUCUACAUGGAUCCUUUUUAAAAAUCCAAAUGCAAAUGAGUUCAACUGCAGUAAAAUAUAUUUGCAAAUGAAUCCUGUUGCUUUAUUCAUUUAUUGUGUAAUUACUGCAAUCCUUCCCACCUUGUUUUCAGUAUUUCUUAAUCAUUAAGUCGGAAGCAUGACAGCAGUGCCAGCCCUGGCAUGAUUCUCUUUGACUAAAACCUUGUAAAUUAACACAAUUAGCACAGCAUCAUCCUGCUAAUUAACUUCCAGUGUCUGGUGCAGUGGUUUUGCAAACAAGGAAGAGGGAGUCAGAAGGGAAUCAACAUGCCAUUCUGUUACCAAACUGUGUGUUGUGUUCAGUUUAGCUCACUGAGUCUACGCUGGCCAUGUCAGAAGCCAAAGUGAGGCAGUGAAGAGCGACAGGGGCUGGGGGAGAAAAGCAGAAAGGGGUAGAAGCUGUCAAAAUAGGCUAGGUUAAUUCAGAAGGGAGCUGGUACCACAGAUGCUUCAUUUAGACCAGGCCUCCUCCUUAUCAAGGAAUCUCUGCCAGAGGGCACAAGACAGUUUGCAAAAUUCACUUUGGGUAAUACAAAAGAGAUUAAGGCAGCCUGCUUAAUAUAGCUGUACCACAGGAGCAAGUAUUUGAACGAAGCUGAGAUUAGAAUGGGAUGAGCCAGCACUGGGAAAUAGGAGGGCAGGAUUCCAGUCCUCUUCUGUAACUAACUAUGAGACCUCAAGGGUACAUUCUAAGUUUUUUCAAGCCCUGGUUCCUUAAUCUGCGAAAUAAGACCAUUUCUAUGGGCUCCUUUACAUUUAAAAUUCAAAUGAUUCUCUGAUUCUACCUGCUUAAUGUUUUCCCUUAAAUGAAAGAAUAUUUGUUGUGUAGUUUGCUACAUGGUCGCCUUGCUUCAACUGCUAAUGUAGCACAUGAUAGAAGUACUCAUACAGUCUCUUUCUCUGGGUGCACUUUUCAUGUAGAAAUGCAGAGUUAGAAUCCAGAUGCUGUCUCCAGGCUCCUCUUCCCUUGCACCUCUGUUUCCUCCUUUCUCAGCCUCUGUCUCUCUCCCUCUGUACCCUGGAGGCUCUUUGGGGAGGGGGGAUUGUCAGCGAAGAACGCUAGAAGGCCCACAGACAAGUGAUGCUUGUUUUUUUUUUUCAGAGACUCAACAACAGAACUGAGAGGCAGAAAGGAGCCAGUUGUAAUUCAUACCGAGUUGUAGGCUUUGUGCGAUGAAAGCGAUGGAGCGCUGCCUGGGAGAUUGCUUUGCUGCACUCCACGAAGCAGAUUUGAAACUGUCGUGGACCACUUUAGAUGAGAGUUGGAUUAUGGAAUGACCUGCUAUGUCUGUGUCAUAUUGUUCUGCGCAGGGAGCAUUAUACUGUGCUAACUAGGUGUUCAGUACCAAAUAAGAGAGGCUUGAAGAUGCAGUGGACGCCCGAGCAUGCCCAGUGGCCAGAACAGCACUUUGACAUCACCUCGACCACGCGGUCCCCUGCCCACAAAGUUGAAGCCUACAGAGGUCAUUUGCAGCGCACCUAUCAGUACGCCUGGGCGAAUGAUGACAUAUCUGCUCUGACUGCAUCCAACCUACUAAAAAAGUAUGCAGAGAAGUAUUCUGGCAUUUUGGAAGGUCCUGUGGACCGACCUGUACUCAGCAACUAUUCAGAUGCACCAUCAGGACUCGUGAAUGGUCGGAAAACUGAAAGCGAACCCUGGCAGCCUUCCUUGAAUUCAGAAGCUGUUUAUCCUAUGAACUGUGUCCCAGAUGUCAUCGCUGCCAGCAAAGCUGGAGUCAGUUCAGCCCUCCCUCCAGCAGAUGUCUCUGCAAGUAUAGGGAGCUCUCCUGGGGUGGCCAGCAACCUGGCAGAACCUAGUUAUUCAAGUAGUACCUGUGGAAGCCACACUGUACCUAGUCUUCAUGCAGGGCUCCCAUCUCAGGAAUAUGCCCCAGGAUACAACGGAUCAUAUUUGCAUUCUAGUUAUAGUAGCCAGCCAGCACCUGCACUUCCUUCACCUCAUCCAUCUCCUUUGCAUAGCUCUGGGCUCCUGCAGCCACCGCCACCACCUCCUCCACCACCAGCUCUGGUCCCAGGCUACAAUGGGACUUCUAACCUCUCCAGUUACAGCUAUCCCUCUGCUAGCUAUCCUCCUCAGACUGCCGUGGGGUCUGGGUACAGCCCUGGGGGUGCACCGCCACCCCCUUCAGCGUACCUGCCUUCAGGAAUUCCUGCUCCCACCCCCCUGCCCCCCACCACCGUUCCUGGCUACACCUACCAGGGCCAUGGUUUGACACCCAUUGCACCCUCGGCUCUGACAAACAGUUCGGCAAGUUCUCUCAAAAGGAAAGCUUUCUACAUGGCAGGGCAAGGAGAUAUGGACUCCAGUUAUGGAAAUUACAGCUAUGGCCAACAGAGAUCUACACAGAGUCCUAUGUACAGAAUGCCCGACAACAGCAUUGCAAACACAAAUCGGGGGAAUGGCUUUGACAGAAGUGCUGAAACAUCAUCCUUAGCAUUUAAGCCAACAAAGCAGCUAAUGUCCUCUGAACAGCAAAGGAAAUUCAGCAGCCAGUCCAGUAGGGCUCUGACCCCUCCUUCCUACAGUACUGCUAAAAAUUCAUUGGGAUCAAGAUCCAGUGAAUCCUUUGGGAAGUACACAUCGCCAGUCAUGAGUGAGCAUGGGGACGAGCACAGGCAGCUCCUCUCUCACCCAAUGCAAGGCCCUGGACUCCGUGCAGCUACCUCAUCCAACCACUCUGUGGACGAGCAACUGAAGAACACUGACACGCACCUCAUUGACCUGGUAACCAAUGAGAUCAUCACCCAAGGACCUCCAGUAGACUGGAAUGACAUUGCCGGCCUCGACCUGGUGAAGGCUGUCAUUAAGGAGGAGGUUUUAUGGCCAGUGCUGAGGUCAGAUGCAUUCAGUGGACUGACGGCCUUACCUCGGAGCAUCCUUUUAUUUGGACCUCGGGGGACAGGCAAAACGUUACUGGGCAGAUGCAUAGCUAGUCAGCUGGGGGCCACGUUUUUCAAAAUUGCUGGUUCUGGACUAGUCGCCAAGUGGUUAGGAGAAGCCGAGAAAAUGAUCCAUGCCUCUUUCCUCGUGGCCAGGUGUCGCCAGCCCUCCGUGAUUUUCGUUAGUGACAUUGACAUGCUUCUCUCCUCCCAAGUGAGUGAGGAGCAUAGUCCAGUCAGUCGGAUGCGAACCGAAUUUCUGAUGCAGCUGGACACUGUACUAACUUCAGCUGAGGACCAAAUCGUAGUCAUUUGUGCCACCAGUAAACCAGAAGAAAUAGAUGAAUCCCUUCGGAGGUACUUCAUGAAACGACUUUUAAUCCCACUUCCUGACAGCACAGCGAGGCACCAGAUAAUAGUACAACUGCUCUCACAGCACAAUUACUGUCUCAAUGACAAGGAGUUUGCACUGCUCGUCCAGCGCACAGAAGGCUUUUCUGGACUAGACGUGGCUCAUUUGUGUCAGGAAGCAGCGGUGGGCCCCCUCCAUGCCAUGCCAGCCACAGACCUCUCAGCCAUUAUGCCCAGCCAGCUGAGGCCCGUUACGUAUCAAGACUUUGAAAAUGCUUUCUGCAAGAUUCAGCCUAGCAUAUCUCAAAAAGAGCUUGAUAUGUAUGUUGAAUGGAACAAAAUGUUUGGUUGCAGUCAGUGAUAACUCCUUUGACAAAAAAAAAAAAAAUGUGGUGAAUGUUGGCACACACACAUAAAACCCACUACAUAGGGAAUAGAGGCCCUUUCCAGUAGUGUUUAAAUUGCAAAGGGUUCGGGGGAAGAUGACAAUUAAGUUGCAUCUUUAGCGUCAGGGUAGAUUUGGAGGAAAUGUGCAUCACAUAAGAGCUUCUGAUUUGAAAAACCCCAGAUGACAGAAAUUACAUGCGGAUGCUCAGUUCGGUUCAAGCUAGACAACACUCACCAAGGAGCAAGGUGCAAGUGUGUUGAUUUCAGAAGGACAUGAACCUCGUGUGUUGAUUCCAUUCUGCUGUUCUCGAGAUUUAGUUGCUGUCAAGUGCCUGGAGUGGUGCUUUAUUUUUUGUUUGCCUCACAAUUACAUUGGUGGCAUGUGCUAAUAUAAAGAGCUUUAACUUCAAACAUUAUUGGACUAAAGAGAUGAACGGUUGUGUUAUGACAGAAAACCAGAUUUUUGCCAUUUUAAGAGCAACAGUAUUCCUCAAUCCUGUCUGUUCUGCAGUAUUAAGCUAAGAACAGGUAAAACAGGGUAACGGUAAUCUGGACCUUAAUUUCUGCAGUUCAUUUCUUUUAAUGUUCUUGUCUGCAAAAACUCAGGAAAGUGAUUGUGAUUUGUACAGUACCUCAAAGGAAUGUGUUGAAAGCACUAUGUACUUCUGAGAGUAAUGGGAUAGGCUUCGGUGUUACUUUAUAUUAAAAUGUAUGUUUACCUCAACAAUUGGAAGAUAGCAAGAAAAAUUACUUUGAAUGUAUCCAGAGAAAUACUGAAGUGUGAUACAGCUGAAUAUUUACAAUUUAAAGUAGAAAUGGAGGGAUUGAGAAAAAAAAAAGAAUAGUUCUUUUACGAAGGAUGGGAAAUUAACCAGAGCAGAAUAAUUCUUCAUGUCAAUAACUGCAAGAGUUCUUAGUACAUUGCUCCUUGAUAAUUAAGUGAAGAUGUUCUUAAAAGCUACACUGGUUAACGGAAAGCUACUUAUUCAGUUUGUGUUAGUGUCUGGGACAGUCAGCCACAAGGCCUCUUGGGGACCCUGAAAAGUCACAGUACCUGAAAACUAGAACUGCCCUUGACUGCGUAGGCGAUGAUGGUGGUGGUGGUGGUUUGCAAGUUCUCUCAAAACUGCUGGGAAUGGUGUCAUUCUAUUCACUAAACUAGCUUACAGGCUUGCCGUGCUGUUUGAUAGAAUGCAGAGGAUAGCAACCAAAACAAACACACAAAUAAAUCAAAGCGGAAACCAACCAACCAACCAGCCAACUGCUAUAGAUCCACAAAGAACCUCUGUGUUUCCUCCCCUCUGCGAGUCCACUCUUGUCAGUACAGUUUUGCUUCUCGUUUUGAAAUCUGGGCUGCAGUGCUCCCGUGUUUAUUUCUACCUCAGUUUUGUUACAUUUCUCUCAGAAAGUGAAGUAGAAAAUUGGAAGUGGACACACACACACACACACACACAUCCUGCAAUAUAGCUUGCCAAAUACGUUGCUUGGGUUGCCCCCAUCUUUCCCUUUCCCCAUUAAAUCUGGUUUCCAAAAGCAACAGUCUUUUGCCGACUUCCCCUUCAGCCCAGCGCACCCCUCUCUUGGCAUUUGUGGCAUUUUUCUUAAUUUCCCAUUUCUCUCCUGUUCCCCAUGCAGCUGUUCUUUAUACCUUUUAAUGCUUUAUGUGCAACUUCUCAUUGAUAGCUGGCUGAUGUUAGGCAACGCCUCUGAACAGUCACUAUGCAGGCUGUAGCUCCCCAAAGCCACUGGCCAUGCAUAAGCAGAACAGCCUGGCUUAUUGAAUGUAUGUCCUGUUUCUGCCCACCCUCCACCCCGACCCUGCUCCUUUUUUAGUUUAGAGAUGCAGUAACAAAACUGUGGCAAAGCACUGGCAUUUUAUGUAUUCAAUAAGUAAUGUACAUUUUUUAAAAAGAUUUAAAUAAAUGCAAUGAGAAGCCCCAAGAAAGGUCUUUCUGUUAUUUUUUUUUUCUUUGAAAAUUUUUACUGCUCUUAUCCACAGUGUCAAACUCUCUGAAAUGCUUCACAGGAAAAGCUAGCGAGGGACUUUGUGAUCUUUCUGAAAUUGUAUGAUACUUGAUCAUCACUCCCCCUUUUUAUUUUUUGUGUUGCUAAAAACUGAGCAAGUGAACCAGAAUUUAAUUUACUAUGAUGUUCUGUCAAUUAAAACUGUGCUUAUAUAUAAAAUACUCCAUUUUAAAAAGUGGUGCCUUUCAUUAAGGAUACAAAAAACAAAUACCUAAGUAUGUCCUCUGCUUUUCAACACUACAAUCAUGUUCUGGGUCUACCCUGUGCAUCCCUGUCGUAAGGAAAUUCUAAUAUCCCCAUUAACUUGUAGGUCCAUAUUGAUCUCUCUGACAAGUUUACUUUUGCACCGUGCUGACCUAUUUUCUUUCAGACAUUGCAUUUCAUUUCCGCCAACAUGCUGUGUUCACUUGAAAGCAUCUGGCAAGUUUUGACAAACUCAGUCUUAUUUAGACAACUUUGGAAAAUCCAGUAUUGACCCACAUUUUUUUGUGGCUAGUGAGACUUAAUACCAAAUAUAUGACUGCACUAUUGUGUUUUACACUCAUUUAUGAAGUGGAAAAUUAAUUGAAGUCAUGCACAUUGGCUUUUAGCUUUAAGUAACUUAAAAAUUCAAAAAUCUAUGUAUUUAGAAGAAGCUGGAGUCGUGUGUGAUUUUUCCCUUUAGCCUCACAAAUUAUAGGAUUUGAUCCCUUAGGAAAUGGGGCAAGUUGAAGAAAUGAAGAUGUGUUGGAAGAGAUGAGGCUGACCUUUGAGUAAGAGUGCAGUGCUCUCCUAUGAUUCUUUGAUUCUGCAUGGCGGCAGCAUCUUGAGCUCUUCAAUAGACCAAUCUAAUAAUGAGCUCUUUUCUGACCAUCCAUUUUGGAGCUGGGGGUACCAUCAGUGAUAGUACAACUGAGUAAUCGGGCUUCAUCCUCCUGGCCUCUUUUUGACUGCUAAAAAUUUGGAGAAGGCUACUAAUGAAGGUAAGAUAAUGAGCCAGUCCAAAUCCCUUGCUGUCUGGCCAGGAGAUUGAGCCAGUCCACUUAAAUGCCCCUAAUUCCCUUCCUCACAACUGCAAUAACAUUUCCUACAGGGAUGGAAAGGAAGUGAAGGAAACUACUUCAGUAGAAAGAUCAAUAGAAAUCCAAGAGGUAAUUCAUAAUGACCUUGUAUGUGACACAAAUGGAAAUACUCCACACUCUGCCAUGCUUCUUUCCAAAAUAUUUAGAACUUUAGUGACAAUAUGGAAAACUUUGCUGACUGAGCUGAUCAAUGGAAUGUGAAGGCAGUAUACUUUAAGGCUAUUUACUUUCACACAGAAUGUUUAUCUAUUAGUCAGUUUGUAUUCUACUCAAAUGCAGAUAGACGGGUAUAAUGUUUUCUUGUGCAUUUGAAACCUAUCAAGGAGAAAAUAAACCAUUCCACUACAAUACAUAGGCCAAACACCAUCUGGGCAAGUGAUAAAAGCUAUCCAGAGGCUAUGCUAUGUAAAAUAGCAGGGUCAAUUUACAUGGGUUGCAUAGUACUUGGCUAUGCAGUUUUCAGAGGAGUAUGUCAAAAAACAAAUCCAAAUUAAUUCUUACAAUAGGUCUUUGUAAAUUUAAACAUAUUUGGGGGUUGGAAAGUAUGUUUUAGAGGCAUUUAAUUUUUUUUUCUCUGAAAAUAUAUCCAACUCCAAGCAGAAAGACACUUCUAUAUUCGCAUUCUCAUAUUUCUUAGCAAAAAUUGGGUAUCAUGAUCAUUGAAUAUGUAGUUUGCAAAGUGAAAGGGACACCGUUUGUUGAACUAUCGAGGCCACUAAAGUAAAGAUCUAAUAUAUAUAUAUAUAUAUAUAUAAAUAUAAUUAGUGUGUGUGUUUGUGUGUGUAUGUGUGUGUGUGCUGUUUUCACUACCACCUAUUUGAACUUUAAAACAAACAUCUAUUUUAUAUUAUUCAGAAGCAACUGGUUACAUCCUUUCUUCAUACGUGCAGAGGUACACUUGAACACUUUAAAGUGUUUUAACAUGUUUUCUUCUUUUGGAAAGUAAAGCCUUCAGUUGUUGAAACACCUGCUGAUUUUUAUAUGAAGCACAUUAGCAAACAUGGAGCUAUUAGGAUUUCAGAAUUCACAACCAGCUGUACUUGUGACUAACCAACACGAGAACUAACUGAAGCUCACACUCUGCUGAGACCUUUGGUUGACAUUCGAUUUUGAACCUGCCAGAUGCAUUUGUGUGAACCAGGGAUACUGCAUCUUUAAUGAACAAGUCUCUCCUCUUUCCCCUGUUUUUAAAUACAACACAAGCAGUGUAGCACCAGGCACUGCAAUUGUCAAAGACAAUUAGACUGAAAGCAGGGAAAUUUCACCUCCCUGUCUCAGUGAUAUGUAGAAUGUCGGCAGCAUGGGUCAGCCUUGCCACAGAGUUGUGUGAGAAUAUAUGAAUCAGACCUAUAGAAUGUUAAAUAUUUAUAAAAUGGUUCUGUAGUACACCAAGGUUGGGAGCACAUUCAUUCCUUCUUGUUGUCUUAUGAUACAGAAAAAGAAAAACUUUAUUUCCAGGCUUAAAACUCUCUCACUCUCCUCUCCUCCCCUCCCUCCCUUUCUCUCUCUCUCUUCCUCUCUCUCUUUCUCUCCCUCUCCCUCUCUCAUUUCUAUCUGUGUGUGUGUGGAUGUGUGUGUGUGUGGAUGAGUUUCCCUUGUGGAUUAUAUACAGUUGCUAGAGAAUAUUCAUUUCUUUUUUUCUUUUUUUCAUCUGACGUAUAUUCGAACAUUGUUCUUUAUAACCAUUUCUACCUCAUUGCUACAUAUUGUACAUGUAGUAUUUAUUUGUUGUCUUUAUUUGAAUGUCAUGCAUUUCGUAAGAAAAAGAUUUGUCCUUGAACUUGAACAGUCUACCUCAGAAAGACUGUCUUUACACUGAACAGUAUUAGCAACAUAAAUGAUAAGACGCAUUAGCGAAGUGUGGCAGGGUAGAUAAUGCACGAGUACUUGGGAUACUGAUGGACUUUUAAUUGUACUCAUAACACAAGACUGCUUAAAAGAACUUUAAAGAAAUUAUGCACUGUGUAGGUCUUCAUCAAGGUCCCACUUGGCAUGUAAUAUACAGAAUACAGCUUUAUUCCUUUGCGCCCUCUCUGAGCAAUGUGUCAGUGUUCCCAAGUAUUUUACACUGGCAAUCUGGCUACUAAAAACAAAUAAAAAUGACAUUUUUGCAUUCUUUUGACUGACACCCUCAGCUCCUAAAAUGAAGAAAAAUAAAGGUACUCAACAUUUUUAACUGCAGUCUGCAAUGACUAAAAAUGCCUUCAUUUUAAUUCUGUGACUCCUGAUGUUAAAAAAAAUUGUUUUUAAUGCAGUUGUAAGGGCCUGCACAACGCUGAAAGUAAACCAAAAAAGUAAUUUUUAAAAAGGCACUUCCCAAAGGAAUUACCCAACAUGGAGUCAUGGUGCUUGCAAGUUCUGUAACUGAAAGCGUUUUGUUUCUGAUUUCCCUUUAUAACAUGUUUGUUUAUUGAAGUAAUUGUACAACUAAUGGCAAAUUGAAUUACUUUGUAUGAAGUGUUUUAUAUUAUACUAUUUAUUUUAGCAUUCGUUCUUUUUCUUCACCAGCUCUAUAUUACAGUAGCAAAAGAAUACUUACUUUUAAAAAAAUGCUGAAAGGGGUCCACCACCCACCCAAUCGAUGAAUGGACAUUUGAAGUUGCUUGUCAGCAAAUUGUGGAUAUUUUACAAAAGCAAAUGAACUGUGACAAUCCACAACUCCCACAGAUGUGAAUUCAGAAAUGCAUCUGCAGACUCCCGGUAUGCCUGACAAUCUGUUCUUUAAGUUUCAUUUACAAAGUGGCACCCAAUCUUUUCACUUCCAGUUCCUUGCAGGGAUGUAUUGUCUAGAGGCUGUCUAGUAGCGAUUAAGAGAGGGUUUUUGUUUUGUUUUGUUUUGUUUGUUUACCGGAUUAGGUGAGGAAUGCCAUAUUUCUUGCCAGCUAAACGUACUUGUCUGAGACAGAAAUUAGAAGAAGAAAAAGAAACCUAACUAAUUAAAAUUUCUGUGCACUUUG